UUUAAAGGAAGCUGGAGCGAGGAUUGCACAUUCAUGUUUUGACUCCGUCACCCAAGGAAGUUCCAAUAGUAUGAGAAUACUCAGACGUCAGUUCGCAGAGAAUUUAAUGAAAGUCGAGUGGGAGUUUGCAACCACCAUGAUUCAAGAAGGAGAACCAACUUCCUCACACGUGGAAGUUGAGAUAGCAUGUUUAAGAAGUCGAAGACUUAUAAAUUCUGCAUACCUGUGCCGAAUGCCACAACUCUCGAGUUGGAAGUUGUGGGCAGAUGGACGAUAUGCCGAUAGAAAAAAUCUAGAAGCCAUGAAGAGAGAGAAAACUUCAGUGACAACGCCCGAAGAGUUACCAUCCUCGAUCCAAGCGUCCUCUCAGCCGUGCAACUCCUGCACGAGUCCCGACCACUCCUUAGCUGCGCCAACGAACCAUUCUCAGCUCGGUUUCAUGAGCCACGCGCCGUUUCUAGCACAGUUCGCGAGCCCCGCGCUUGCUUUUCCGGCGAGCUCGCGACCUCAUCCGUGCGUCGGCCCAUUUUCUGGCGAGUUCCCGACAACUGUAGCUCGUCGCUGGCAACUCAUUAACAGCUCCUCCCCAGCUCGUCCACGUCACCCACGACCCGCAUCCGCCGUUCACAAGCCUCA